AAUAAAAAUCAAACAACCCGAUCUUUCGCAUCUUGCCUCACAACAACCAGGCAACGGCACCCUCAACAACUCAACAAAGAAUUGUUGUGAAGCAACCGUCUGAAGUUACUACUGUAGUAUACGAGGAAGGAAUGAAUUGUCUCUCUCGCACGUCACCACGAGCAUGGACGAGUCGAUUGUUACUGCUGAGUACUACUAGCAGCAGUAGAGCAGGAAUCCGUCGUCGACGAGUGUCCACCACAACGGCUGUCCACAAUGUGCUUCGACCGAGUCGGAAGACCCAACGAGUGUUGAUGACUGUGAGCGGCACGAGUCUGUUGGCGUUGUGGUGUGCCAAGCAAAGCCUUCAAGUGGUUUCCACUGGUCAAGUGGCCGUGGAGGAAUAUUGGUCGGGGCGCAUGAAUCCAACACUGCUAUCGGCGGGCACUCAUGUCGUCCAUCCGUGGUCCAAAUUGACGCGCUACUCGUUGCAACCACGCCACUGCGACUAUGAAUUUAACAACAUGGUCGCUCAGAAUGGACUUCCCUUGACCGUGCAAGUGACCAUCGUGUACAAACUAAAGGAGGACAAGAUUCCACAACUCUACGUCGAAUGUGGCCCGGAUCAUGAUUUUCACAUGCCAGCCAUGGCCAAAUCUAUUUUGCAAUCCAUCAUUUCCAAGAUCAGCACUAGAGACUUGAGACGAACACACCAACAAGCCGUGUCCAGCGAGUUGCAGACAAAAUUGACGGAAGCGUAUCAAGACUUUCUGACGUUGGAACUGGUCGUUGUGAAAGAUAUGGCACUGCCAGAACACUGUGCCGAAGGACAAAAGGAACUGGAUCGCUUGUUCUAUCUCGCAUCGGCCGAACAUCAAAAGGCGCAUGUCCAAGGAGUCAAGGCACGCAGUAUUGCCAACUAUCAUGCCGCCGUCACAGCAACAAAGUCCACUGCUGGCCAACGACUAAACAACGAAAACAAAGACAAACAGCAACAACAAAGCACUGUUGUAAAACCACGACAAGGGGCAACCAAAGUGCCACAACAGCAGCAACAACAACAACCAAAAUCAAUGGUCUUCAUGAAAAAAAUGGUGGAUACAACAAAUCCGAAAAAUGUUACCCAAGCGUUGACAACAGACAAAGCGGGGCAAUCUUCACUGGAAACAACACCUUCUCCAAAGGAAGCUACCAACACGGUUGUGCUGACCCAAAAAGCGGAGGAUCUACCGACUACAACUACAACUACCACCACCUCAACUGCGCCAGGAACCGCAACUGGCAGCUUGAAAUCAGCAGAGACAGAGCAGGCAACCAUGGCAGAGAAAGAGCAAGAGGGGAGCACGGCCGUUGCCACAACGAAGACGACAACGGAAAAGCAGCCAUAGACGAACCAACCAAAGAAUGUUGCAAUCAUUCAUCUGUCAAGCUCAUACGGAGGGAAAUCAACGGGGAAUACGCAUAUAUUUAUUGAAUUAAACGUAAUCAUCUUCUUGAGUGCUUGAUUGAGAAAGAGAGUGAUGGAGUCGUACCUAGUAGCAUAAAAGUGACC